CUCUCGCUGUUCCAUUUCCUGUGUUUUCCACUCCCCAAAUCCUAUAUUUCUCACUCGAAUUUCCCCAGUUUCCGCCAUUGUUACUCCCGAAUUGAGCUACGCAAUGCUUGAUCCUCUGACCUAAUUCGGAUAUGGAAUCGUUUUAGUUCCGUAUCUUCGGUUUUUACUGUAACAAUUCUUCUCUCAGAAACGACAAAAGAAUACAGAAGAAAGGCGUUGAUGGAGACUGCAGUGGAGAGCAACAUCAAUGGCGGAUUCUCUCAGCUUCACCGGAGUUUCUACAGUGGAGGAGACAGUAGUGACGAAGAGCUGUCGUUACUUCCCCGACAUACAAAGGUUGUCGUCACCGGAAACAACCGUACCAAAUCCGUUCUCGUCGGUCUUCAAGGCGUUGUCAAGAAGGCUGUUGGUCUCGGUGGAUGGCAUUGGCUGGUUUUAACGAAUGGUAUCGAGGUUAAGUUGCAGAGGAAUGCACUUAGUGUCCUCGAACCUCCGACCGGUAACGAAGAAGACAGCGCCCUUGAAUUUGAGGGCACGCAAUGGAAAGUCACAGACAUGGCAUCCGAUGACAUUCAAAAGCCGCAUAAAUCACGGCACAGGACGCAUAAGUCAUGUGGGUUGUCGCCUAAGACAGUGAGUAGGUGUUGUGUCGCUUUGGAAUCUCACAGGGACUCGGUUCCUCCGCCACUUGGAGCCAUGAAAGUCGACCUCGGCAAACUUGAGAUGGCUGCAUUGUGGAGAUACUGGCGUCACUUCAACCUCGUGGACAAAUUCCCUAACCCUUCAAAGGAACAACUAAUCGAUGUCAUUCAGACACAUUUCAUGUCACAGCAAUUGGAUGAGCUGCAAGUCAUUGUUGGGUUUGCUCAGGCGACAAAAAGACUGAAGACAGUUGGCAAAUAAAAACUCGAGAAACUUACUAUCAAAUACUAACAUGAAUCUGAUCCUCCAUUGCCCGGUUUCUUUUCUUUCCCUAGCUUAUGUCGACUCAUUUUGGUAAACUGUAUUUAUGUAGAUGCAAGCGCUCAAUAGAGCUGGUGAGUGAGUAGUGAUUUAGGCUUCAUGGAUUGUCGUUGUGUCAGCGGUAUUCUCGGUAGUUCACUGCCCCAUUGAGGUCGGAUUUCUGUGGAAAAGAUGUACAUAGGUCCACCACGAGGGAUCUCGGCGAGAACUGCCUUCUAUACUCAUGCUGAUUUUGUGGACACUAUCUGGAUUUCUAGUAGGUUUAGCUUUCUGGUGUUGGGGAUAGUAAUUUGCGUAUGAACUCUUGUUCUGAUUUCAAAGCUUUAGCUAAAACCCUGGAAACAUGGCGUAUCCGUAAAUCUAAGCGUCCUUCUCCUC